CUACCUCUCUCUCUCUCUCUAGAGGUGACUGUUGCAGUACACUGAAAUUGCGAUUCCUCUAACCCUAAAAUGGGAGAGAGAGUUGAUCUUUGGUCUGAGGUCAUCAAAUCCGAGGAAGAAGAAGGCGGAGAUGUACCCAAGAUUGAAGCUGUAUAUCAGAGAAGGAAGAAGCCUGAGAAUAAGUCCUCCUCCGAAGCUGUUAAUUUAGGCUGGUUGGUGAAAGGUACUCGUACUAGUUCCAUCAAUGGACUUAAGAGAGAUAGCUGGGCUCGUUCCCUUUCCACCAGAGGGAGGGAGAGUAUUGCGGUGCGCGCUUAUGCUAACAAUCAGCCUCAGAAGAAGCCAGCCAGGAGAAAGAAACCCCCUAUUCCAAAGGGAAAAGUUGAAAAAGCUCCAGACUUCCAGAAAGAGAAGGAAUACUUUCGUGAUAUUGAUGCUUUUGAGCUUCUGGAAGAGAGUCCUUCUCCCAAUAAACCUAGUACAUGGACCAUGGGUGAACAAGUGGUUCCUGAGAUGCCACAUCUAUCCACAAGAUUAGAAAAAUGGCUCAUCUCAAAGAAGUUUAACCAUGCUUGUGGUCCUUCGAGCACACUCUCUAAGAUAUUUGAAAACUCUAUCUCCACUCAUCUAGAUUUUGAUAAGUCAUUUCUUGAUCUAUUGUCGGCAUGUGGACAGAUGCAACCAUCAAACUUCAUGGAAGCACUCUCUAAAUUCUGUGAACCAGAUAGCAUUGUCAAGAUUGGUGAAGGUACGUAUGGGGAGGCUUUUCGGACUGGUUCUAGUGUCUGUAAAAUAGUUCCAAUUGAUGGAGACUUCAGGGUCAAUGGGGAAGUACAGAAGAGAGCUGACGAACUACAUGAGGAAGUGAUACUCUCAUGGACUCUUAAUCAACUAAGAGAAUUUGAGACUGAAGCUCAGAAUUCGUGCCCAGCGUUCAUAAAAACUCAAGAUAUAAAAGUAUGUCAAGGUCCCUAUGACCCUAUACUGAUAAAAGCAUGGGAAGAAUGGGAUGAUUUACAUGGCUCUGAGAAUGAUCACCCAGAUUUCCCGGAAAAACAAUGUUAUGUCAUGUUUGUUCUGGAACAUGGUGGCAAAGACCUUGAAAGCUUUGUUCUUUUGAACUUUGAUGAAGCACGGAGCUUAUUGGUUCAGGUCACGGCUGGCCUGGCUGUUGCUGAAGCUGCUUUUGAGUUCGAGCACAGGGACCUGCAUUGGGGAAACAUUCUUCUUAGUCGGAAUAACUCGUGUACGCUGCCUUUUAUUCUCGAGGGGAAACAAAUUUCUAUCAAAACUUUUGGAGUACAGAUAUCCAUAAUUGACUUUACUCUUUCAAGAAUCAAUACAGGUGAAAAGAUACUCUUUCUGGACCUUACUUCUGAUCCAUACCUUUUCAAAGGACCAAAAGGAGAUAAACAAGCAGAAACUUACAGAAAAAUGAAGGCAGUCACUGAAGAUUACUGGGAAGGAAGUUUCGCUCGAACAAAUGUUCUGUGGCUAAUUUAUCUCGUGGAUAUCUUACUUACCAAGAAGUCAUUUGAACGGUCUUCAAAAAAACGAAAGAGAACUACGGUCACUAAAGAAGCGGAUGGAGAAGUAUGAAUCAGCUAAAGAGGCUGUUUCAGACCCUUUCUUCUCAGAUAUGUUGAUGGGCCAAACAUCAUGAAGAAUAUAGUAAACCCCAUAAGUGAUUAUCCUGAAGCUCCCUCUCUCUUUCAUGUGUAUAUUGUUUGCCUAGCCACUUAAAUCAACAGUAUUAGCUCUUGCUUCAUGGUAUGAUCUAUAUACCAAUCUUGAUCUCUUCAAAUGUAUGCAAGAACUGAUAUGGUAAUUAUUUUUUGUAUGUGACAAUAGUUUAAUGGUAGCUUUUGCCUAUGCAUGCAUAUACUUUUGAAACCA